AGGAACCUCAUUGCCACAUGUGCACCGAUACUGCUGGUAACGCUCGACAGUGAGUCCGUCCCCGGAUUGCAUUUCAUAUUGUGCACGUGAUUCUUGAUUUGCUGCCCUUCAUCCCUAACCUCUUCCUCGUUGUGUCUAGGCGUAGUCUCGCGAGCUUGAACGCGAAAGGCGAAGUGAGGCGGAGAGGCCGAGCAGAGGCGCAGGAAGGAAGGACAGAUUGUCGUCCAGACGAAGGAAGGUGUGAGAAAGAGAGGGAAGGAGAUCGCUCCUCAAAGGGAAGCGAGCCAGAGAAAGAGAGAGAGAGAGAGAGAAGAAAGAGUGAGUCUUGUGUUGUGAAAGUGAUGUUUACUCUGUGCACCUUCGCUGUAAUGUGUUGGCUGUAACUAAACAUAUGGCCGUGCAGUGGAACGCUUGUACAUUUACCUUACCCUCCAUAACCCACAACCAGUACCAGCAGAGUGUUGGCAGCUGAGUUAUGUUUCCCAACGGAUACUCAAAUGGGUACACGCCGGCGGGGCCCAUGCCCAAUGGCACCGGGGUGCCCUCCUACAUCGUGUUUCAGACCAUGGGUCCCCCUCGUCAAGCAACUCCUCAACCAGGACAAUUCCAUGGAAGUCCUAUGCCACCUCAGACUCACCCACAGCCUCCCUUCCAGACUAUGCAGUAUACACCUCAAGGAGGAAAGCAUGAAACUGCUGCCUUGGCUCCAAUGGCAUUCCGUCAACCACAGCCAGUGUUUUAUCCUUCAACUACUCAGCAGCAGCAGCAGCUGAAGCCAGCAGGUCAAGCUUUUCACAGGGAACGAAAGCUUUUAGCGAUUGUUGAUCCAAACACUGGUAAAAACAUCUUGGAUGAUAUACACAAUGAGAAGGCAGAUUCUAAUAAAUCAUCAGAGUCUAGUGCUAGUAAUACUCCUGCACCUAGUGGAACCCCUCCAAACAAGGCUGAGCAGGUAGAUAUUGCUGCUCAGUUUGCUGCAGAAGUAGCUAAAAAGGCUGCAGAAGAAGAUACAAUGGUAACAGAGACUUUAGAAAGUGUAGGUAGGACUAAUAAACAAAGUGAAAAUAGCUCUAGUAAUAUAAUUAUUAGUGAUAAUAGGGAAACUAAAGAACAAUUAAGGAAUAGCAUAGGGAAUACAGUGGAAAUUGUAAAUAGUGAGAGUAUGGAUAGUGGUGUUGGAAAGACAGUUCCUGAAACCAUAGAGGUUAUUAAACCUCCAACUAAAUCAGAUACUACGCAAGUUCCAGCUUUUCAACCAAUACCAUCACAACCUGCGUCGGGAGUCCAGACGCCAAUGAUGCUUCCACAAAUGCCUCAGCAAGUACCAAUGCAACAGGUGCAGCAACAGCAAAUACCUCAGCCCGUGUCGCAGCAACCUCCCAUGCAGGUUUUGCCAAUGCCACCCUCACAAGUGUCACAGCAACCUCCUGCUCAAGUAUCUCAGCAGGGAACUCAGCAGCCUCCACAACAGAAGCCACAGCAGCAACCUUCACAACCACUGCAACCGUCGCAGCAGCAGCAGCAGUCGCUUUCUAACCAGUUAGCUCAGCAGGCACCACAUAAACAGAAGUCACCAUCUCCACAGCAGAAUAUUAAAACUCCACAGCUGAAUGCAAUGCCAUCUCAUGCACCCCAGCCAGCACAUCAGCCACCUUCACCUGAGCAAGUUUCGUCUCAGCCCAAACAACAUCCGCAGCCUCUCGUGUCGUCUCCCCCACCACAGACUCCACAACAGUGUGUCCCUGCAAAUGACAUUGAGUGUAAAAUAGAAAAUGUUUCCCCUGUUAUGGUGCCUGUUCAAAAUGAGGUGCCCAUAAAACCUGAACCAACAUUGCCUGUGAAACAGGCAAGCCCAAAGCCUCAAGUCAGCACCAUGCCUACUCUGCCCAAGGAGGAGGAGAUGACUACUGAGACACAGACUACACAGAGUAAGCGUAGGGGAGGUCCCCGGGAGGAAAAUACUCCAGCAAGAGAGAAUGUGGAAGAAAAUGUCUUGCCUGCCCAACCUCAGAAGACUUCAAGCCCACCUGCAUUUCAACCUCCUAGUAAACCAAGUUCACAGGCAGCUCAAAAUUCUAAAGAGACAGAGAAAAAGACAGAGGCAACUCAGUUGCAGACUACUUCAACCCCUCCUCCAUCUCAACAACCUUCCUCUCAACCACCAUCAAAGGAGGCCACCCCUCAGCCAGCUAGGUCUCCAAGUCCUUCUGAAGAGUCAAAGAGUGAAAGAUCAUCUAAAGAAAGGGAUAUUAAUUGUGUAGAAGUUGAAGUCAACAAUGUACACGAGGACGAUGAAAAGAAAGAUGAUAGACCUCAACUUAAAUAUAGCUAUAAGGAUGAUCAGUGGAGCCCUGUCAAUCCUGAUGGGAAGAGACAGUAUGAUCGAAGAUUUCUUCUGGAAUUGCAAAAUAAUCCUCUGUCAUUGAAGAAACCCGAAUCUCUACCAAAUUUGGAGGUUGUCCGUGAUGGGCCUGGUCGGCACAAGCCUUUUGAUCCCCGUGGACCUGUAUCACACAUCGGUGGUGGUCCAGAUUUUACUCCAGAUUAUGUUAAGCCUGCUGUUAUUGGCAACAAGCAGAGUAGGCCUGGUGUUGGCAGGAAUCAUAGUCAGCAACGACGCCCAGGUGAACCAGGUGGAGGUCAAGUUAGUAGAGGUCGAGGUGGACCAGGAAAAGUAAUUGUCAUUCCCUUAUCAGCUGGUAGAGAACCAAAACUCAAGACUGUAGAAAAUGCUUGGAAGCCUUCAGUUAUGGAUAGCAAGGCACUAUCUGAUGAACAAGCGGCCACAGAGGAGAUUGUAAAGAGAAUGAGAGGUAUUUUAAAUAAACUAACGCCCGAGAAAUUUGAGAAGUUAGUAGGCACUGUGAAACUUAUGCCAAUUGAUACAACUGAACGCCUUUCUGCUGUGAUAGAUCUUAUUUUUGAGAAGGCUGUGGAUGAGCAAGGGUUCUCCUCAACCUAUGCCAAUUUGUGCCAAGUUUUAUCCAAAAUGUCAGUGCGAGGGGAAGGAACAGAUGAUGGGAAGUCGGAUGUUAAGUUCAGGAAUUUGAUUAUUAACAAGUGUCAGAAGGAAUUUGAAAAAGAUAACUUGGAACUAAUCAAGAAACAGAGGAUGAAGGAAAUUGAUAGCAGUGGUGAUUUGUUGGACCCCAGCCAACUCAGCUUGGCUACGAGGAGUUCAAAGACAAGACACGGGACUGACAAGAAGCUAGAACUGCGAGCAAAAUGGGAGUAUGAUGAGGCUAAAUUGAGGCAACGAUCUGUUGGAAAUAUCAGGUUUAUUGGUGAAUUGUAUAAGCUGCGCAUGUUGACUUCGCCUAUUAUGAUGCGCAUUAUAGGUACUUUGUUGACGAAACGUGACGAAGAGUCUCUUGAGUGUCUUUGUAAACUUUUAACUACAAUUGGGAAAAUUUUGGAGACUCAGUGUGCCCAGCAGGCUAAACCAAAGGAGGAAUUGGAUAAGCAGUUCCGGCUAAUGCAGAAAAUAGUUUCAGAUCGACUAACAAACAGUAGAGUUAGGUUUUUAAUGAUGGAUGUGAUUGACCUUCGUGGAAACAAUUGGGUUCCAAGACGUGAAGAUAACAAGCCCAAGACGAAGGCUGAAGUUCACGAGGAAGUGAAACGAGAGGAAUUUGAGCAACAGAUAGCAUUGGCCAACACCCCCAACAGGAGAGAUGACAGAGAUAGAGAUAGAGAUAGAGAUCGUGAUCGUAAACGAAGUCGUGACAACAGAGGUACACCUAUGUCAGAUAGCGAUGGCUGGAAUACCGUAGCGUCAACAAAGAGUAGAACAUUUGAUUCUUCACGGCUCAAGAACACUUUCAAUAGGCCUGGAGCAAGUGAAUCGAAAGAAGUUAUUCUCAGGGGAGUUGGAUUUGGAAAUUGGGCACGUGGCAGUUCAGGUGGUGGCUUGAAAGAUCAUGAUGAUGUCAAGCAGCAAGAAAACAGAUUUAAUGUUUUAGGAGACAGCAUGGGUGGUACUCCCAUUUCUGGAGAUAGUACUCGAAGAGGAGGACCACCUAUGGGUCGCCUUGCUCCUGGUGGUGGCCCCCCACGACAAGGUGUGUUUGGAAGCAAAAGCAUGCCACCCCCCUCGAAUGAGAAGGAAAGUGCACUCUCGUACGUCAAGAAAUUUGUUGGUAAUGAUCGGAGCAAAUCUACGAGCCGACCAGAGUCGAGAGAAAACUCUGUGCCUCGUGAAAAUGAAGCCCUCAAAGGAUCAGCUACUAUUGAUUCACAAACAGCAGAAAAGUUUUCUAUUGCAAUCAUUGAAGAGUAUGCUCAUAAUGUGGAUGUAGAUGAUGCAAAGUUGUGGAUUAGAGAGAGGUUUUCGUCUUCGACCAUCAAGUACUUUGUGCAGUAUUCCUUAGAGUGGGUGCUUGACCGCGACGAGACAAAGAGAAAGAGAGUCGGACAGUUGUAUCAUGAUCUUGUAAUAGAAAAUCUUCUGUCAAUUGAAAAUUUCCUUGAGGGUGUUCAAGAAACAUUGUCAAUGACAGAAGAUUAUGCCAUCGACAUCCCUCGUGUUUGUGACUACUUUGGAGAGAUAUUUGCUCCCUGCCUCAAUGACAAUGCAGUUUCCCUCCAGCGAUUAUUAGAGAUGUCGAAAUAUGCUAAUAGUGAGAGUGCUACAGUCUUUGCGUGUAUUAUAGCAAAAGCAGCAACAUUAAUGAGCCCUAACAAGGUUGCAGAUUUGUGGAAUGGCUCUGGCUUGAGUUGGUCAGAUAUUGUUCCUGAAAAUACGAAUGUAGAUGACUUCUUAGCAAAACAGCAUGUGGAAUUCACAGUGGAUCGGAGCAAAUCUGCUUCAAGCUCUGUGAGUAGUAACAGUAGUGGGUGGGACCCUCAGAAGGUGGAGGCAGAGUUCCUUAAGCUGUUUAAAAGGGCAUCAAAUGCAGAGAUAUUUGACUGGAUUGAAGCAAAUAUUGGUAAUGAUGCCAAAACCAGCAAAUUCAUACGUGCCUUGGUGACUGCCUUAGUAGAAAGUCAAGCCAUGACUUCCAGUGAUGGUUCCUCAAUCCGUGCAACAGAGGAGUUUGAAACAAAGAUGAAAAAUAGACUUACUGUUGUUCGAAGAUAUGUUGACAGCAGUGAUAAGCUGGAAUUGCAGUGCAUAUAUGCUCUGCAGGCUCUUAGUGUAAAACAUCAACACCCUCCAGGUCUGCUUGAAAAGUGCUUCAAUGCCUUUUAUGAUUCUGAAGUAGUGUCAGAGGAAGCAUUUGAUGAAUGGCUGAAGUCAAAUGAUCCAGAAGAGCAAGAAGGUAAAGGAGUAUGUGUAGCAUCAGUCAAAAGUUUUAUGAGAUGGUUAAAGGAAGCAGAGACUGAAGAAUCUGAAAAUCAAGCUUAGAAAGUAAACUGCUAUUCUAGCUGACUUUUUUCCCCCCUCUUUAUGAGAGCUGCUUAUUUGACCGACAGUUUCUUAUUGAUGAACUUGUUAGUGGUGUGUAUAUACAAUAUAUACAGUAUGCAUGAUAU